GGCGAGCCGCUGGUGGCGCGCUCGGCCGCCUGCCUCCGCCUCGUGGCCGAGGCGCGCCUCUUCCAGGCCGCCCGCCUCGACCGGCACGACUUCGGGCCCUGCGCCCGCCUCCGCCCGCGCCCCUCCACCGGCCUGGCCGAGAUCCUGGUGGUGGUGGGCGGCUGCGACCGGGACUGCGACGAGCUCGCCACCGUCGACUGCUUCAACCCGCGCACGGGCCACUGGCGCUACCUGGCCGAGUUCCCCGACCACCUUGGCGGCGGGUACAGCCUGGCUGCCCUCGGCAACGACAUCUACGUCUCCGGAGGAUCCGAUGGCUCCAGACUCUAUGACUGUGUCUGGCGGUACAACUCCAGCGUGAACGAGUGGACGGAGGUGUCCCCGAUGUUAAAAGCCCGAGAAUACCACAGCUCAGUGGUCUUGGACGGACUUCUCUACGUCGUGGCUUCGGACAGCACGGAACGCUAUGACCACUCACUGGAUGCCUGGGAGACGAUGCAACCUAUGCUCUACCCCAUGGACAACUGCUCCACAACGGCCUGCCGCGGCAAGCUCUACGCCAUAGGCUCCUUGGCUGGCAAAGAGUCCAUGGUUAUGCAGUGCUACGACCCAGAGACGGACCUGUGGUCUCUCGUCAACUGCGGGCAGGUGCCCCCUUGGUCAUUCGCCCCCAAGACUGUCACUCUCAGCGGGCUGAUGUAUUUUGUAAGAGAUGACUCUGCCGAAGUUGAUGUGUACAACCCACUGAAGAAUGAAUGGGACAAGAUCCCUCCAAUGCUCCAGGUCCACGUCGGGGGCAGCUUAGCCGUGCUGGGCGGGAAGCUCUACGUCUCCGGCGGCUACGACAGCACCUUCGAACUUUCGGGCAUCGUCGAAGCGUACGAUCCGGAAACGCGGACCUGGAGCGUGGUGGGUCAGCUGCCGGAGCCGAUCUUCUGGCACAGCAGCGUCAGCAUUUUCCGCCAGUUCAUGCCCGAGACCCAGGAGGACGAGGAGCCCCCGUUGGACAACGCCGUCAGCCUGAGCCGUCAGCAGCAGAACCUUCGCAACCAGAAUCUGAACGAGCUGCAUUGACGGCUGGCCGGCUUGUCUCUGGUGGCUCGGGGCCAAUCCGUGGCCCGGAACUGGCGUCACUUCCGGGGCGGGAGGCAAGCUGGGCGUUGGAGACCGUGACGUGUACGCUUGAAGGGGCGGCGGGAAGUGCGGUGCGAAUGGGAAAAAGGAGCACACGGGGGGGGGGGAGUAUUUUCCUUGGGGAUCAGCCUUCUCUUUGGCCAGGGAGGGGGCAGCAGAACAGGUGAGUUCCUGGAAAGGAAUCCUUUAGGAGGUGGGGGAACGGUUGAAUCAUCACCUGGCUGGAAGCUGUGAAGGUGAGGAUUGAAGAAGCAGCCUUUCCAAAGGGGUCUGAUAGCUCCCCUCCCCUGCCGAAAGCAUCAGAUCUCCCGCCAAGUCCUCUGCUCCUUAAGGGAAAAACCAUCUCCCUCCACGAGAAAAUAGUCCAGGUAGCAGCAGGGCUGUAAGCUGCUGCUGUACGUGGGGCUGCAGUCUCUGCACCCUUCCGUCUAGCGUCUGACUGUAGUGGACCCCUUCCGCUGCCUUUAAGGAAGGAGCUCCAAACCAGGUUUCCUUUUGCAGGGGGAAGAGAACCCACAAGCAGGUGCCAACGGGUAGGAUAGUGCUGCUUGGGAGGUGCUGUGUCACGUGUGCUUUGUUAGAAUUGGAUAACUAGAGUGUCUUCUGAACAUGGGCAAAGGAAAGACAACAGUGUUCCAAUGAGUAAUUUUGUUUUGCAAACAGUGUAGCUGCUACAGUGGGUGACUGGCGCGUGAGAAUCCCAUGUUCCUCGGAUGAACUCACAGCGCCUCUUUUCAGUGCUGGUGCCUUCUAGGUUUUGAGUAGAGAGAACCCCCCCCCCCCCC